AUGGAGAAGAGAGAGAUGAGCUCACCUCGCAGGACCACUUGGCCACCUCCACCUUCCUACACACCCAAAGGCGAGCUCCUGCUCCCCGCUCACUGCUACCCCGCCCGCCAUGGGCUCACCACCUUCCUCUUGCACCUCCCCAUCCCACACACCUCCCUGUCCAUGACCAACUUCUCCUCCGGCCUCGCACGUGUCCGCUACAAGGUCCCGGAUGAGCCCUUCAAUUGUGCGGAUCCCAAGGGUGUCGUCGUCGGCAAGCCUGGUGAGAUAUUAAUCCAGGGUAGCAUUGUCGGUGCAUCUCCACAUUCGCUCGUCCACAACGUGGCCCUCCCACCUUGCCUUACAUCACUGAGCAGCACCCCGCACAGAGCCCAUCUAUCGAUGACCCUCACGCGGCACCCGCACCUGCCAAAUGCCUGGGGCCCACCGCAUGCGCUGCUGCAGAUCAUGGACACCCUCGCCACUGUGUACUUCCGCGGCCCUGAGUACAUCUGGCAUCCGGGCAUGGGGGGUGUUGCACUGCUCAUGCUCGAGGUCCUCUGGGCAAUGUUCGCUUUCGUGCUGCAAGGCCAGAGGAAAUCGUCUCAUCCCACUGGCAACAUGCUUGGAGUCAGAAUGGGUGCUGCCAACGGCCUUAAGGGCCUCAACUCGGGUGGCAAGUGA